CGACAUGGGCGAGUACGACGUGGAGGCGCUGGUAGGGCUCACGCAGCGCGUCACCGGCGACGCUCGGCCCUUCUACCUGGGCUACAGCUCGGGCGGGGGCGCGCUCUACACGUGGCUGCAGCGCCGGCCACGUGCACACCACGUGCUCAGAGGCGCACUGCUCUGGACGCCCUCCGUCUUCUACACCGAGCCGCACAGCACCAUCCUCAAGAUUUACAAUCUCCUUCCGGAGUCCCUAGUGGGGGCGCUGUGGCAGGUGCCAGGUGACAUGUUGCCCCGAUCUCGCGCCACUGCGGACAUUGCAUGGCGAAUGUGCAGAUCUGGAUCACCCCUGAGGAAUUUCUGCGAGGCACUAUAUCAGCUCAUAACUAACGCAACUCUGGAUUCAGCUGAAAUGAACCGGCUGCCCGCGAUCGCUGCGCACGCCUCCUGUGGCAUGCCCACCACCACAUUCGCCCACUACCUCCAGAACAUCAGGGCCAAGCGCCUGCAGGCGUUCGACUUUGGCCCGGAGGAGAACCUCAGCAAGUACGGCAGCGAGCGGCCGCCGGCCUACCACGUCCUCAACUCGACGCUGCCCACCGCCUUCUUCCUCGGGACGCGCGACCGGUUGGUCUCCUUUGAGGAAGCUAUGCGGCAGAUACAAAUGAUUCCAAGCAACGUCAAGAAGAUGGUGGUACCACUGGAGGGCUAUGACCACCUCCAUAUCCUCUUUGACAAGAAUGUACACCGACUCGUCCAUGAGAAGAUGUUAAGCUUCAUGUCAGAGCUUUGA